CGGACGCGGAGCGCGGCCCGAAGGAGCCAAGCCCGGCGCCGCGUGGGGCCACGGGACCCGCCCGGAGUGUCCAGAGCGCGCCCUUCGGGGGAUGCGGGCCGCCCGCCGCGCCUGAGCCCGCCCGCCCGCGCGCCCCGCCCUCCCGGGUCCCUCCCGGGUCCCGCCCGCCCGCGGCCUCUUAGGGACGGUGGCGAUGGGCCGCUAGAGGAGGAGGAAGCAUGCUGGCCGUCCGCUGCGCGCUGCUCGCCGCCCUGCUGGCCGCGCCGGGGGCUGCGGCGGCCCCGGGGCGCUGCUCCGCGCCGGAGGUGGAGAGCGAUGUGCUGACCAGCAGGCCCGGCGCCAACGUGACCCUGACCUGUCCGGGCGGGAUACCGGGAGACAACGCCACGGUCCGCUGGGUGCUCGGGAAUCAGGGGACGGUCUCGAGCCACGACCGAUGGGCCGGGCUGGGAAGUCGGCUGCUCCUGAGAUCCGUGCGGCUCAGCGACUCCGGGAACUAUUCCUGCUACCGGGACGGCCUCCCCGGGGGAACCGUGCGCCUGCUGGUGGAGGAUCCUCCCGAAGAGCCGACGCUCUCCUGCUUCCGGAAGAGCCCCGUCAGCAACGUGGUCUGUGAGUGGAGCCCGCGGGUCCCGCCGGCCCCCAGCACCAGGGCCGUGUUGCUGGUGAGGAAGUUCCAGCACGGUCCAGCGGAAGACUCCCAGGAGCCAUGCCAGUAUUCCCGGGAGUCCCAGAAGUUCUCCUGCCAGCUGGCCGUCCCCGAGGGAGACAACUCUUUCUACAUCGUGUCCCUGUGCGUGGCCAACAGUGCUGGCAGCAAGUCCAGCAGACCCCACACAUUUGAGGGUUAUGGAAUCCUGCGACCCGACCCACCCGUCAACAUCACGGUCACCGCCGUGGACCGAAACCCCCGCUGGCUCACUGUCACCUGGCAAGACCCGCCCUCCUGGAAUUCCUAUUUCUACAGGCUGCAGUUUGAGCUCCGAUACCGGGCCGAACGGUCCAAGACAUUCACAACAUGGAUGGUCAAGGAGCUCCAGUAUCACUGCACCAUCCGUGAUGCCUGGAGUGGCAGGAGGCACGUGGUGCAGCUGCGCGCCCGGGAGGAAUUUGGGCACGGCCUGUGGAGCGAGUGGAGCGAGGAGGUCCUGGGCACCCCCUGGACAGAACCCACGAGCUUCUCAACCGCGCCCGCGGUGGGGGUGUCCUCCACGAAGGCACCUACUACCAGCAAAGGCGACGACAUCUCCUCAAACUACCCCGCAAACACGACCGGCUUCCCAGUGCAAGAGUCUCCAGUACCGCUGUACACAUUCCUGGUGGCUGGAGGAAGCCUGGCCUUCGGGACGCUCCUCUGCAUUGGCGUUGUCCUGAGGCUCUGGAAGACAUGGAAGCUGCAGGCCCUGAAAGAAGGCAAGACCAGCAUGCACCCACCGUAUUCCUUGGGACAGCUGGUGCCCGAGAGGCCGAAGCCCACCCCAGUGCUGGUCCCCCUCAUCUCCCCGCCGGUGUCCCCCAGCAGCCUGGGGUCGGAUAACACCUCGAGGCACAGCCAACCCCACGCCAGCGGCCCACAGAGCCCGUAUGACAUCAGCAACAGAGAUUACUUCUUCCCCCAGUAGCCGGCGGGCUGGCGCCUGGCGGGCUGGGGUGUCAGACCCGCUGAGAUGUGUGGGUGACAGAGCACACGCGGCUUCUCACCGCCGUCUCAGCUCCUCUCAGGUGCGUGGGGCCUCACGGAAGGCUCUCCGCUGGGCGAACACAGGUGUGCUGGCCUGAUCAGAAGGAAGAAGAGGUGGUUGAGUUUUUGAACCCCUCUUCCCCACCGCCCUGCCUGCAGGGGUUACAGUGAACGUGGGGCCCCGUGCAGGGAGCGCUGUCGAGUCCACUGGACACCCGGGCGGGCAGAGCCGGGCGUCUGCAGAGGCCUCGGACCCUGGGCUUCGUGUGGACAAGCUGCCGGCCCUCUGGCUCUCACCUGACCUGGCUCCACGCGCCGCACCCUCAGGAGGUGGGAUGGAUUUCCAGCCAAAGACACCCCCCCGCCCGGAGUCGCCUGUCUCCUGGCCCACGGCACAGUUUCACCUUCUAGCGCAAACUCUGGAAGCCCAAGUGCCUUUGCAAUUCAGUUUCCUAGGCCCGAGGCCGGCGUUUCUUCAGGCGCCCAGGCUGGGGGAGCUCUGGGCCGUCUUUCCUCCCCUCCCCACGCCGGACACAGCCGAGGGGGGCGUGAGUAGCAUCUCAGGACCAGGUGGUUUGAAGUGGAACUGCCGUGAGCUCCUCAUUAGCACGUUGCUCACUGUGAAUGUUAACCCUAAGCACCUGCUGGACCCAGAAGCCACUGCACUGACUCCGCUUCCCUCUCUGGAUCCCAGGACUUGAGGGGGAGAGAAGCAGAGAGGAAGCAGGGGCGUGGCGACAGGGUCUCCACUCACAGUCACAGCCUCUGAAAACCACUAUUCUCCUUCCUCCGUGCCCCCCCGCCCCCCGAAAGGAGAACAGCAUUGGGGCGGGGGGGGGGGGGGGCAGGGAGACCAAACUGUUGAUUGUGUUCUCACCUGAGCCUGAGUACCGAGGAGAGAACGUGUUUAUGUGAAAAGACAGAAGGACCGGCAGGAAUGUGUGCUAACUUGGUCUUGACGGAAGCGCUGUUUCUCCCUGAGAGCACGGAAGGCCCGUGCCGGGAGGGUCUGUAGGUAAACAGCUCGGGGAGAAGCCGUCACUCUGUCUGGCACAAAACUGAGUCAAAUGAGAAAGAGGAGGAGAAGAAAAAAGAAAUGAUUUUCCCCUCUUCGAGAAGAGACUCUGGUUUCAUUCUAAAUUUUGUUUUUGUCUUAAAAGUGAAAGAAAUUGCCUGCUGCUUCUCUAACUUAAGGGAAGAGCAGCUGUGACUCCUCCCCUCCCCCGAGGUUGGGAAGGACCUGGUCUCGGCUUCCGGGCCGGUGUUGGGAAGUGGCCUCCCACGGCUGCCAAGCAAGGUCAGUUGCAAACCCCCACCCACGACAGCCAGGAGCCCUGGUUAUCCGGGGGCAGGGGGAUUCAUUGUCCCCCGCUCGCCCUCCCGCCUCAACCGGUGCCUUCCUCUUCUUCGGUUCCUUGAAUUGGAUUCAGUUCAGCUAAAUGUCUGGCCGGGACUCUGAGCCUAACCCACUUCAGCUCCCUUUUCUGUCCGGGCUUGGAAAAUUCAGUGAUGCGGGGGGGCUCCCCAGACAAGUACCCUCCAGCACCACGGGGUGUCCCAGGAGGAGGCUGUGAUUAAAGUCCGUGGGGUAACCGAGGACCAAACAUUGACCAGACCGCAACCUUUCCUAGGAGUCUCCCCUUUCAGAAGAGACAGCCGCCCGCACCGGGCAGGUGGCAAAGGGUGACCAGGACGGCCUUUUCUGCGCUGUUUGUUGGUUCACACUCUGACUGUGUUGGGCUAGUGGUGGUUUUCAUUGCUGGCUUUGACUCACGUGCCAGACCCCAUUGCUGCCUUAGGCAACUCUCUUAAGUGUGACGGAAGGCAGGCAGGUGUGUGUGUGUGUGUGUGUGUGUG